UCACUAAAUUGUCUAGUGGAGUGCCAUAGUCCACCUUGAAAAGUCGAGUGGAUUUGAGUGCAGUAGUCGUCUUCGAACCAGCAUCAGCACCACAUUACCACCAUUCCUAUAUAUUAUCCUAGUCUUCAUAUUUAGCUGCCUGGCUGGCUUACUUGCAUACACAGGAAAAAGCAGAAGCGAAGAAGACACAGAACCAACAAUUGGAUUCGGCUUCGACUUUUGAUUCUCAACUUGAUUGCUGAUUGUUGUGUGUGUGUAUGCAAGUGUAUGUGUGUAAGUGGGAGAUGCAAGAAAUUUGUGGGUCAAUCGGUUAGUUGGCUUCGAGGAGCUAGCGAGACAAUGUCCUCACGUCCGUGCUCGGGAAACGCUUCCUCCUCCUCCUCGACGGCCACCUCUUCCGGCGUCAAUCCAGGAUCUGCCCCCUCCGGAAACAAGCCCAGUGUUCAGGUCACAGCUCGAGUCCUGUUCGGCUCUGUCAAUGCCAUAUCAACUCUGCAAGCUGAAAGGAAGCGGAGGAGAUGAAGUGGGGGCUGUUGUGGUCGCCCCUUCCAAAGUCAACAACAUGUCCACCACGUCCCGUCGUACUCGUCGCCGUGCUGCUCCUUAAAUUCAGUAGCAGUUCGACCCCACAUUAUUCAACCGUAUUCACCAAGUUUCCUAACGUGUCCCUCCAUUCGUCUGAGACGCUGCCUCAAUUUGACUCCAAAGUUCGAGUGGAGGCAGACGUCUUUGAUGAGGACAUUCUCCAAUACGACUUUCCCAUCCAUUAUGCUGCAUAUGUACAAAAUGCAAUAGAAACUGGCGUUAAAGAUGCAACGGAGUUGUAUGAAAAAAUUGAGCCAGAACUGUACAAUAAAAAUAUUAUAAUUGAAAACGGUCACCCAGCCUCUUAUCUGGCAGCGAUCAAUAGACAGGCCCCAAAAUCAAAAGAACUUGCUCGAGUGGCAUACGCGACCCUGAGGGCUACGACGGUUUUAAAAGAACAGUUGGCUCAAUUUAGAGACGAGAUUCAUGAGAACGACAUUCUUCGAAGAACUGUUUUUCAGAGAUCUAGUUGUCCCACAAAACGUCAGUCGGAUGAAUGUUCGGUUUCCACCCACCAAUAUAGAACACUUGAUGGCACAUGCAACAAUUUAAAAAAUCCAUAUGUCGGUUCAUCCUUCCAACCAUUUGCAAGAUUCCUUCCACCAGAAUAUGAUGAUGGCGUUUCUACUCUUCGUAAAUCCAUUUCUGGAAACGAACUUCCAUCCGCCAGACUGGUGUCAUCUUCAAUUCACAAAGAUGUAUCAAGGCCAUCAUCUACGUUUACAUUGAUGCUUAUGCAAUGGGGACAACUAGUUGACCAUGACCUAACUGCCACCUCACAAACUCGAGCUUUUAACCAUUCAGUUCCUAAAUGCUGUAAUGUUAGUGAUGUUCAUCCAGAUUGUCUCCCAAUCAAGAUUAUGCCGGAUGACGCGUAUUUUAAUACCACAUUUUCAACUUGCAUGGAAUUCAUCCGUAGUUCUCCUGCUCCCCGACCAGACUGCACGCUUGGACCAAGAGAGCAACUUAAUCAAUUAACAUCAUGGCUCGACGGCUCUGUAAUUUACGGGUCGACAGCAGGAGAUCUGCAAACCCUUCGCUUAUUCGAGAAGGGUUACCUCAAAUAUUCCAAUAUGCGAAAUCGGAAAGCCUUGUUGCCGCAGUUGGUCCAUCCCGUCGAGAACGAGUGCAUUAUCUCGUCCCCACGCCUGUUCUGCUUCGCUGCUGGGGAUGGAAGGGUGAAUGAACAGCCAGGACUUACAGCCAUGCACACAAUUUGGUUGAGACAACAUAAUCUGAUGGCAGAUAAAUUAGCAGAAAUUAACCCUCACUGGGACGAAGAAAAAUUAUUUCAAGAAACUCGAAAAAUUAUAAUUGCUCAACUCCAGCACAUAACCUACAGAGAAUUUCUACCAUUCGUGUUGGGUCCUGACGUUCUGAGAGUUUUCGGAAUGAGACUGUUGAAAUCCGGAUAUUAUGAGGGAUACAACAACACGACAGAUGCAACAGUUCCAAAUGUUUUUGGAGCUGCGGCCUUCCGAUUUGGUCACUCCUUGGUGCAGCCUCAGCUCCAUCGAUGUGAUGAAAAUCACCGAGAAAUGCCGUAUAAAAUCGAACUCAGUCAUGAAAUGAUGAGUCCCACGAACAUACACAACUUGGGAGAAGUGGAUCGCAUAUCGUUGGGGCUAACGUCACAAAGAUCUCAGCGUCGAGAUGAAUUCAUAACUACACAACUUACAAACCAUUUAUUUCAAACUCAAGGACACAAAGGUCUAGACCUGGCUGCAAUAAACAUCCAACGUGGCAGGGACCAUGGACUUCCUCCAUAUUUAAGGUGGAGAGAAGCUUGUGGGUUGCUAAAACCAUUGAAUGGGAAACAAAACUCAACUGUAUCCAAUUGGGAUGAUUUUUCAGAAGCAACAGAAAUUCCAAGAGAGAAAGUUGAAUGGUUUUCCAAAUUGUAUGAAAGUCCUUGGGAUGUGGAUUUAUUCCCCGGAGCAAUGGUUGAAUAUCCUGUGAAAGGUGGAUUAUUGAGUCCCACAUUUUCAUGCAUUCUCGGACAAACAUUCCUCAACCUUCGGAGAGGGGAUCGUUUCUGGUACGAGAACCCAGGACAAUUUAGCCCCGUUCAAUUACAAAAUAUUCGGAACAUUUCCCUAUCUCGAGUUAUUUGUGACACAAGCGACGGAAUUAGAACGAUGCAGCCCAUCGUAUUUCUUGUUCCCGACGACAUAAAAAACCCCAGAGUCGACUGCUCAAAUUAUAGUGUGAUUCCAAUAAUGGACUUUAAUGCUUGGAAGGAGGAACCUUUGUCAUUCAAUUUGAAUUCAAUUUCAAGAAAGGAUUUGUUGGAUGCAGACAUUUACUUUGACAACAAUAAACCAACAAAUUAUUAGAAUUCGUUGGACAACCUCGGGAUCUCAUCCGACUCAGAUUUCAAACAACAUUUCGUCAUGGCCCGUAAACGAAAAAUGUUACAUAGGUUUACACAAAUGACUAGGUUGUACGCAAUACCUUCCUCAAUACCUUAAUUUUUAUUACAUAAUACAUGUAUACAUAUUUAUAAUAAUGCAUGCUCAUUUUUAUUUUCAUAUUUUGUAAACAAGUACUAAUAAAUUUAACUUUACGAAUAUUA